UUAUAUAAUUGUAGUUAUGUGUACCUGUACCUAAAUAAACUUAAUACAGUUAAUGUGACUUAUUUCCACUUAUAUCAAUUCUAACUUAAGUAUCAACAUAUAAAACGUUAUUUGGGGUUAAAUGGUUAUAAUUUAUGCAUGUCGAGUUACAGGUGACUAAAUAAAGUGAGGUGUGAGCGAAGUAUAGUGAAAAAAAGAGUAUGAGUGAGGUCUGGCUGAGGUUGAGCUACACAUCGCCAUUACUGUAGUGAGGGUGAGGCUGUGUCUACCCUCCACCUGUAUUAUUACCUCCUGUCAGUACCUCGCCUCCAUGACACUCAUACCUCCACUCACCUCCACCUCACACCAUCACCUGGAAGAUAUCUUGGUUGAUGUUCCGAUUCAAGAGGUGCUUUUUAAAUGAUAUGGUGCUGUGGAGCAAGUAGUAUAUGGUGAUUUAUGUCAAAGCUGCUUCUGUAUAUGGGAUCCAGGCAUGUUGUCUUAGAAGAUCAUAAUGCAAGUCUCAGUGUGAUGAGAUACCUUACGAUGGUACAUCAGAAGUUUCCAAAGGUGCUGUAUGACCCCUACUGGUUUAGUGCCUCCCCCUGAAUAAAAUAUGGUAAAAUGCACGGAGAUGGCACAACGUUAAGCAGAGAAAAGAUUGCAACUUGAUAAAUUGAUGUUUAUGGAGUUGAGCAGUCAAACUAUUAUUUCAACUAUGAGGCCAACCAUUCCUGAUAUCUAGCAUUAUGAGUCUAUUAUCUUCAUCUCUAUAAUGAAGAAAGUUACUGUCCAGUAAGAUGUCUUGAACUUGGGUAUGGAAAAGUCUUCACUAUGUCUCUGCCGCAGCAAGUCACUGUGCCAUCAGUGUCUGUUGCAGUAGCAGUUUCGGUGUCUGUGCCUGGUGUUCAUGUUUCAGUACCAACCCUUAAUAAUACAGUGAAAAAUGAUCAAAUGAAUGUGUAUUUUUGGAAUAAAUUGCAGGAGAAUCAAGAUGCAAAACUUCAAGUUACAGAAGGUAAGUAUGAAUGCAGUGUGUGUGGUAAAUCUUACACACAACGUAGUAGCUUUGAAUACCACAAAAAGACUCAUACUGGUGAGAAACCUUAUCAUUGUAGUAUCUGUGGCAAAGCAUUUCUUAACAAAAGUAGCUUAGUUGUGCACAAUCGCAUUCAUACUGGAGAGAGACCUUUUAGGUGUGAGGAUUGUGGCCGAGGAUUCACUCAGCGCAGCAUGCUUACUGUUCACCGCCGGAUUCACACAGGUGAGAGACCUUACAUUUGUUCAGAAUGUGGUAAAGCAUUUUAUCAGAGUGACCAUCUUACCAAACAUAAACGUAUCCAUACUGGCGAAAAGCCGUACAGUUGUGGUGAGUGCGGUAUGGCUUUCUCAGACAGCAGUGGUUUGAGACAACAUGUAAAAAGGCAUACAGAGAUGGGUCCUUGGAGAUGCGAACUCUGUGAUUUGAUUUAUGAAAAGCGCACUCCUUUUGACCUGCACAUGAUGCAACACCGUGGUGAGAAGCCUUUAGAAUGUGACGUUUGUGGAAAGCUUUUCCAGUAUCACUCAACACUUGAUCUUCACCGGAAAACACACUUCAAAGAAAAAGUUUUCAAGUGUGAUGUUUGUUCAGAGGAGUUUACUGGUAAAGUUCUUUUACGCAAGCAUUUAAAGCAUGUACACACAGAGAGAUAUUUUGCUAAGCGAUUUGGAGGCUGGAUAGGUGAGAAUAGGACUGUCAGAUCUCAUGGAGAGUCUAAACCAUUGCGGUGUGAUCAGUGUGGUUUGUUGUUCAAGGACAAUAGCAGAUUUCUUUUACAUCAAAAGAUCCAUCGCCCAGAGAAAAAUUUCAGAUGUGAAGUGUGUGGUAUGGCAUUUGCAAAGAGUUAUACUCUAGAGGUUCACCAACAGAUGCAUACAAAUGUUGCACCACUUGUUAGUAACUCAACGCUAACAGAAGUAUCCUGCCAAAGUACACCAACAACAAGCACAAAUUUGAUGACUCUAAUUCCUGUGUACCCUGUAACACAUCACUCAUCAGUAUUAACUCAAGAGCUGCCACUAGAAGAGCCAGUGCCAGUGGUUACACCAGGCACCAGCAAGCUAUCAGCCUAUGUAAAAGUUCCCAUGCAUUCUAUUGUUGUCACAGGAAAAACAAGUUAAACAGUGGUGAUUUCUUGGUUGUCAUUUACAGUUACAGUAGGACCCCCAUAUCCAAAGGGAACACGUUCCAAGACUUACCACAGAUAGUGGCAAACCCUAUACAGCCUCUCCUAACUUAACGACGGAGUUCCAUUCCUAAGAUAUCGUUGGUAAGUGAAUUUGGCCCUAAGUGAGGAGCAUACUAUAAUGGUAGUGGGUUUGUGCAACCAUUUUUGAUAUUGUUUUAAUGUCACCUUUGCUCCAUUUAUGACAUUUCUGAUAUAUUUUUAAAUGUUUAUACAGUAGUGUACUGUAUAUUGUAAUAAACAGAAUAGAGGAAAUCAGCUAUAAUGUAUAUUAUUUAGGUAUGCAUACUGGUCAGAGAGCCCAUCGUAAGUCUGAGUCAUUGAUAAACCAGUAUGUCGCUAAGUGAGGAGAGGCUGUAUGUCAUUUUUCGUUUACAUACAUACCUAUGGUAAUGUUCAAUUGAUAAAUUAUGCACAAAAAGUUGAGAAUUAGCACUUUUUCACUGAUGGGAAACACUUCACGGCUUCUCACUGCUUUUGCACUCUGGGGGGUAUUAUUAAGCAAAAUUAAGGGUGAUUUUUGGGCCAGGGUAAACCAUGGAUAACCGCAACCGCAGAAACCGAACCCGCGGAUACGGCGGUCCUACUGUAUUUGAUUAUGCAGUGGAUAUGCAUGCUAUGUAUACCUGAUGGUAAUAAUGCAGUGUGUAUGUAUGUAUGUAUUGAAGUUUAUCAGAUGACCAAAUAAUGUCUUUCAGCUUCUAUUUUUAUGUAUUUAUUUAGCUUUAAGCAACAUUUAUAUGUAUUACUUAGAAUGGUAGCAUCUUUGAAAAUUACGACACAUUGAAUUUUUCUCCAGAGUAAGACUAAUUUUAUUAUAUAACAAAACAAAUUUUGAUAGUUACACAGAAUUACCUUUUAAAAAACUUAGUGUACAGCAAACCUUUGGUAUUUGUGAGGAAUACAGCUGAGCUCCUCAUAAAUAUAUAUUUUAUUGGCAAAACAUUCAUGGCCACCAGAUGAGUAGAAUAAAGCUUGUGUAAACCAUCUUCAUUAACAUUCUAAAAUAUUGUAGUUCUCAGAGCAUUUACUGAACUGCGAUUUCCUUGCACGUCUUUUACUGCAUAAUCCAUAGGAACAUAACAUGAAUACUUGAGUUACACGAAUACCAAAGUUGCAUUGUUGUGUUCAUACAGUAUUCUGAAAUGAUGAAGUCUUUCCAAACAUUUCUGCAGUGGGUCCUUGACACAGAAUUGCAUCUUUCUGUCAGGGCAAACAAUUUCACAGUAUAUAAAUGUUAAAUGAUGUGAUGUACUGUAGUAUUAUAUACUUGGUAGUAUAUUGUUGUAUUAGUUCCUAAUGUUAUUAAUAGAAUUUCUGAGUUAUACUACAUGCCAUAAUAAAUAUAUAUAUAUAUAUAUAUAUAUAUAAUAUAUAUAUAUAUAUACAGUGGACCCCCGGUUAACGAACUUUUUUCAUUCCAGUAGUAUGUUCAGGUGCCAGUACUGACCGAAUUUUUUCCCAUAAGGAAUAUUGUGAAGUAGAUUAGUCCAUUUCAGACCCCCAAACAUACACGUACAAACGCACUUACAUAAAUACACUUACAUAAUUGGUCGCAUUUAGAGGUGAUCGUUAAGCGGGGGUCCACUG